CGUGGUUGGCUCGCACGCUCAGGAGCUCACGUAUCGAUUACACUGGUCUGUCUGACUCUGAACAGGAGCAAAACAAGCGCAGGAAAUGAAGGUUGUAACAGAAGCCUGAUGUUGCAUUCGUGAAAUGCACUGCCCGGCGUGAGAAGCAAGAAGCCUUUCUCCUCCUCCUCUUCAUCACGCUCGGCGGUGUCACACUGCAUCUGAACAGCCCUGGUUUCAUUCGGUGUGGAGGAGACUGGGACGUGGACUGUUUUUAUGGCACUUUGUUGAAGAGAUUGAGCAAGCGAGGAGAGCAGAAAGAGUGAAUCGUGGUUGCCGUGGCUUAUGGCGGCAGGGCAGGAUUGAAACGCAUCGGCUCACUUUUGGUUCUGUUGUUGAUCGCUCUUCUGUCCGCUCAGAGAUGGGCAUUCUGGGGUGCGGCGUGCUCGUGUUUGCACUGUUUUUUCAGUGCCAUAGCCGCAGUGUCCAAAACCACAUGUUCAGGUUCAAGAGGUUUCAAGAAAAUGCCUGGACAGACCCCAACGACUGCUCAAGGACCAGACAGCCAUUUGUCCUGUCCAAUCCUUAUAACUUUUCCCUCGAUAUUCGCAUACCAGGGGUUAUUCCAGCAGAGUCUGACAGCUACUACUGUAUGGCUGUUCCUGUCCCCACAUCACAGGAGGCCUACAUAGUGGACUUUGUUCCCCAUGCCACUAUGGACACAGCCCACCACAUGAUUUUAUAUGGCUGCAAAACCCCUUAUGCCACUCAAGGAUACUGGGAUUGUGGGAAAGAGCUGGGGACGUGUCGGGAUCAGGCCAAGAUCAUGUAUGCCUGGGCCAGGAAUGCUCCUCCAACCAAACUACCCAAAGAUGUUGGCUUUAAAGUUGGAGGAGACACCAGAAUUAACUACUUUGUGCUGCAAAUUCACUAUGGUGAUGUCAAAAACUUUAGAGAUCAUCAUAGAGACUGCUCAGGACUCACUUUAAGAAUGACUUCCAAACCACAGCCCUUUAUUGCUGGCAUGUAUCUGAUGAUGUCUGUGGACACUGUCAUUCCUCCUGGGAAGAAAGUUACCAAUGCAGACAUCGCUUGCACUUACCCAUCUUCCCCAAUGUAUCCAUUUGCCUUCAGGACACACACACACAGCCUCGGUAAAGUUGUGAGUGGGUACAGGGUUCGAAACGGUCAGUGGACUCAGAUUGGACGCCAGUCUCCACUGCUGCCACAGGCUUUUUAUCCCGUCACCAACACCAUUGAUGUAAGAAAUGGAGACAUACUGGCAGCCCGUUGUGUGUUCACAGGAGAAGGAAGAACCACUAUUACUCAAAUCGGAGGCACCUCAAAUGAUGAGAUGUGUAACUUCUACAUCAUGUACUACAUGGACAACAGCCGCGCUGUGCCUUACAUGAACUGCAGAGAUGAUGGCAGUAGUGAGCUGUUCCGAAACAUCCCUUCUGAGGCUAAUAUUCCCAUCCCGGUCAGUCCAGACCAUAUGAUGUCCAUGAAGCAUGAGUCACCUCCUCAUGAAGAUGUUGUGCAGCUGCAGGAGCCUAAGAGAGAAGAGGAAGUUCUGGAUCAGGGUGACCUCUAUUCCCUUCUCUCUAAACUGCUGGGGGAGAGGGAGGAUGUUGUCCACAUGCAUAAGUACAGCCCCGCAGAGGCAGCCCGAGCCCAGACACGUCUGAUGGCAGAGAUUGAUAGCAUAAUGCAAAAAAAAGACCUGGGCUGGCCACGUUUAGGCUACAAAACAAAAGAGGAUUCAAUUCUGGUGAGGGACAGAGUGCACAAGUUUCACCAGUUAGAGUCCACUGUCAGCCCCUCAAGGAGCAGGACGGUUCCCGCCAGACAGCCGACCACAGGGGCGGCUCAGAGGGUCCAACCAGGUGCUCAUCUGGUGGAGGUGUCAGACUGGCCUGAGGCAGAACUGCGUCUGGGACAGGUGUCAGGUCUGGCUCUCAACUCUAACGGUGACCUGAUAAUCUUCCACAGAGGAGAUCACAUAUGGGGAAUUAACUCCUUUAAUUUCAAUGGCAUCUACCAGCAGCGGGAUCUGGGUCCCAUCCAGCAGCCCACAAUCGUGGUGGUGGAUCCAGUCAAAGGAAAAGUGCUCAAAGCUUCAGGGAGGAAUUCGUUCUAUAUGCCACAUGGAAUAACUACCGACAAGGACGAUAAUUACUGGGUGACCGAUGUAGCACUUCAUCAGGUAUUCAAACUGAGCAGCGAUGGAAAAGAUCGCCAGCUUCUGGUUUUGGGAGAAGCCUUUGAACCAGGAAGUGACAAGAAACAUUUCUGCCAACCUACAGAUGUGGCCGUGGACCCUGUUACUGGAAACGUCUAUGUCUCAGACGGCUACUGCAACUCCAGGAUCCUCAAAUUCUCACCAGAGGGCAAAUAUAUGUCACACUGGGGAGCAGGUUCCUCGGACAGAAAACGGCGUGUUUCGUUCUUGAUCCCGCACAGUCUGACCUUCCUGCCUGACAAACGGGAGUUGUGCGUGGCUGAUCGAGACCAUGGACGCAUUCAGUGCUUUAUGGCAGAUACCGGCGAGUUUGUGAAGGAGAUCAAAAAAGAGGAGUUUGGAGGAGAAGUGUUUGCCAUCGCAUACUCCUCUGUCCAAGGUGGUCUCAUCUAUGCGGUGAAUGGAGUGCCUCCAGAUGGGCAGGUAGCCCCUCAAGGCUUUGUUAUCAAUUAUUCAACCAAGGAGAUCCUGGAUUCAUUCAGUCCAGACACACAGGAAUUUAAAAUCCCACACGACAUUGUUGUUACAGCAGACGGGAGCGUCUUUGUUGGAGACGCAUCGUCAGAUUCUGUAAUAAAGUUUGUUCAGUCUGCAAAGGCAGAGCAUCGCUCUGUUAAAAAAGGAGGAAUUGAGGUCCAAGAAAUUGAAGAAACAGAGACGUUUGUGCAGGCCAAUCUGAAGCCGUUACCCAAGUUUUCAGCUCAGCAUCCAGUAGCUGCUGUGCAGAAGAUCCAGGAGCCGUCACAGAAGCAGCAGCAGCAGCAGCCGGCGCUGGCAGCUCCCGAGGAGAAGGAGACAACGAAGACCACAGCCAAUCAGAGCACUCAGGGCGCGUCCACCGCCAUCAUCACCACUUUACUGCUCGUCCCAUUGGUGGUCGUCAUCGCUAUCGGUGCAUUCGUCCGCUGGAAGAGGGGGCGGAUGUACAGUGAUGACUGUCAGGUGAAGUUGGAGCCUUCAGGGUCAGCUGGAGGAAUCCUGGGUAAAAUCAGAGGCAAAGCUGCAGGAAGCUUGAAUCUGGGGAAUUUCUUUGCCACCCACAAAGGCUACACCCGGCACGGCUUCGACAGGCUCAGCACAGAGGGAAGCGACCUGGAGAAAGACGACGAGGACGGCACGGAUUCUGAAAACGAGGAGUACUCCGCUCCGCCAGCCCCCAUGUCCUCGUCCUAAAGAGCGAACGCUUUCUGCUAGCGCUGUCAGAUCACCUCUGUAUUUGUUCGUAUCGGCUGCUGAAACAUUUUAUCUUGUGUGAAAAUGUUCUCCCUGAGACCUACGACUGCCACUUUAAUUGACGCUUUUAAGGGACCACGUGGAGAUUCAGAGCACUGGUCAAUUUUGAGGAUAAAGACAUUUGAUUAUUAUUUUUAACAGGAGCAUUAAAGUAGAUUAUUUAUUUAGUUUUAACGACGAACAGCUAGUCAAUCUCUUCCAAUAAUUUAUCAGUCCGAUAGCAGUGCAAUUAAUAUAUAAUUGAUCCAGGCAUUUUGUGUCAUAACAUUUCUUGUAUGUUUGUGCCUUUAUGUAUUUCGCCUUCUGCAGCACCUAUAUAUAUAUAUAUAUAUUACUACAGAUGUGCCACAUAUUUAAGAGCUGCUACUGUCACCUGUGAUUUGAGUUGUUUUUUGCAUCUGAUUAAAAAAAAGAGAAAAAAAAAAACAUGAUUACAAAUUUAAGGCUGUAUUUACUACAUUUUCAAAGCUAAUGUGAGAUGUGUCUGAUAUUUGUUGUGAUACUGAGGUUUUAUUGCAAGAAAACUAUUUUCAGUAACAAUGUUAUUUGUGUAAUAAAGUGUCUGCAAAGCAUCAGCUCUUUC